AUGCGGGAGCGUAUGCACAAGAUAAAGGCGAGCCACGGUGAUAAAAUUAUGGGUGAGGUAACUGUGAACAUGGCACUGGGAGGCAUGCGAGGCCUUAAAUCCAUGCUGUGGGAAACCUCACUGCUCGACUCUGAAAAUGGCAUUCGCUUCCGAGGUUAUACCAUCCCUGAGCUCCAGAAAAAAUUACCCACUGCGAAGCCGAAUGGCGAACCCCUACCUGAAGGUAUACUAUGGCUUCUUCUUACUGGUGAAUUGCCCUCGAAGGCGCAAGUAGACAGCCUAUCUGCAGAACUUAGCAGCCGUGCUGAACUCCCUGAACACGUCCUCCGUGUCCUGGAUGCACUCCCAGCCAAAGCUCACCCCAUGACGCAGUUUACCUGCGCUAUUAUGGCCAUGCAAACUGAGUCUAAAUUUGCAGCAGCAUACUUGUCAGGGAUGCACAAGUCUGAAUACUGGGACCCUGUGUUCGAGGACACUCUUGAUUGCGUUGCCAAGCUUCCUGCCACUGCAGCUGCAAUCUAUCGCCGCUCCUUCAAAGAUGGCAAAAUCAUUUCGCCAGACCCGGCAUUAGACUGGGCUGGUAACUUUGCCCACAUGAUGGGCUACGGGGACGAAGGCACUAAAGAACUCAUGCGACUUUAUAUGACUAUCCAUAGCGAUCACGAGGGAGGCAACGUGAGCGCGCACGCAACGCACUUGGUUGGCUCAGCGCUUUCAGAUCCUUUCUGUUCUCUUGCGGCAGGGAUGAACGGACUCGCCGGUCCUUUACAUGGCCUCGCAAAUCAGGAGGUGCUCAAAUGGCUCAAUAUUGUCGAGAAUGAACUCGGAGAUGAUUUAUCCAGUGAAAAGAUUUCCGAACUGGUGCAUUCAACUCUCAAUUCAGGCCGCGUCAUACCUGGCUACGGCCACGCUGUACUGCGCAAAACAGACCCACGUUACACGUGUCAACGCGAGUUCGCUAUGAAGCACCUCCCUGACUAUCCUAAAUUCAAACUUGUCAGCAAACUGUAUGAGAUAGUGCCGACAAUCUUAAGUGAGACAGGCAAAGUGCGUAACCCCUGGCCAAAUGUUGAUGCCCAUUCUGGUGUUCUCCUUCAAUACUACGGAAUCACAGAGGAGAACUUUUAUACAGUCAUGUUUGGCGUGAGCCGUGCUUUAGGAGUGCUUUCACAACUCACCUUAAGCCGUGCCAUAGGACUUGCGAUUGAGCGUCCGAAGAGCAUAACAAGUGAGUGGUUAGAAGAAAAGUUUGGAAAAGUGUAG